AGUGAAUAUUGGAACGUAGUCAGUAUUUUCGAUUAUAUGCAUCGUAUCAACAUAUUCGUGCAUCAUGCUUAUUAGUCAUUCGAGGAAACAAUAACAAUAAUUCAAGUAUCAUCCACACGGAAUAGCACUUGUAACAAAAAAUAUUAAAUCAUACAUUAAAAAAAAAUAUUGUUAAUUUAAUACUGAAAGGGUUUAAUUUAAUAUUGGGAGUAAAGAUUGAUAAUUAAAUUUCGUACAUAUGUAAAUAAAAAUGGCAGAAAAAGGUGCUUAUUUAACUGGAACCGUGUACAACAGGCCUACUCUUUUUGAGAUUCUUGCACAGAAAUCGCUCGCAUCUACUCUUGAACCAGCUUUUAAAAAGAUUCUUUCGUUUCUUAUAUCUUUCAAUCCUGAAAGAUAUGGACAUAUUCUUCAAUGGGAAGAUGAAAGCUACUUGCUUUUUAAUGCACUUCUUCAAAGAUAUUACUUAAAGAAAUAUUCUGCAUCUUUUUCUGAAACAUUUUAUGGUUUGAAGCGUAUUGCAGUAGUUGAUUCAAAACUAAAAGAAAAUCUGUCACGCAAACAACGAGUGUUAUCGUUAAUAUCACUUGUGUUAUUACCAUAUCUGAAAAAUAAACUUGCACAACUUAGUUUAAAAUAUCAAUUUAAAGAAAUAAACAGUUGCGCAAGGCAAGGGAAAUUACAGAAACUCUUCCAUAAAUGCCUCGUUAAAGGACAUUUAAUCCUCUUCAUAUUGUACAAGUCUUUAGAGGUAUACAAUUACAUACUUUACAUAUCAGAACAGUCAAUGUAUCCAUCACCUUUGCUAAAGCUGCUACGUAUCACAUUGACAUACUCCGAGCUGCAGCCCACUCAUACUAUCAUCGAUUUACUGAGUAAACUAAAACAAAAUUCGUUUACCAUCGACGAUGGUUGGGACUUACUUCAGAGCACUGUUACUCAUUUUCUCGAGUUGAGUGCUUUCUUUCUACAGUUUCUUUCAUGGUGGAAUCAAGAGAAUUAUGUGACAGAUAUCAUGAAUCUUCCAUCUCCACCACCUCCGAAUGUGCCAAACACAGCAUUCCGACACAAAGGUAACUGCCCACUUUGUCAUAUGCCUCAACGUAUACAUACAGUGCUUAUGGUAUCUGGUUUUGUCUUUUGCUACCAAUGUAUUUUGUCGGAAAUACGUGAAAACAAGAGAUGUCCAGUAACGCAUUACCCUGCUACAGAAGACGAUUUAGUACGCUUGUACAUAGAUACAUAAAUUAAUAUAUAAAUACAUAGAUUAAUCUAUAUAUUUUAAUUUAUAUAUGUUAUGCAUAGAUUAUUCCGUGCAGAAUAAUUCGGGUGUAAAUAUACGCGGAAAAUCCUGGUGUACAUAUAAGCGGAAAAAUGACUUUUUAAUUAAAAUUAUAUUACAUGUUAUUACAUAUCAUUCCAGGGUGUUCGGUUUCAUUCAUUUAUCACGUAUUGU